AUGGCCCUCUACAACCCAAUCCCCGUCCGCCAGAACUGCCUCACGGUCAACCGCUCCCUGUUCCUCUUCAGUGAAGACAACGUGGUGAGAAAAUACGCCAAAAAGAUCACGGAAUGGCCUCCCUUUGAGUACAUGAUCCUGGCCACCAUCAUUGCCAACUGCAUCGUCCUGGCCCUGGAGCAGCACCUCCCUGAUGACGACAAGACGCCCAUGUCAGAGCGCCUGGAUGACACGGAACCAUACUUCAUUGGAAUCUUCUGUUUCGAGGCUGGAAUUAAGAUCGUGGCUCUCGGCUUUGCCUUCCACAAAGGCUCCUACCUGAGGAAUGGCUGGAACGUCAUGGACUUUGUCGUGGUGCUAACAGGCAUCUUGGCCACUGUCGGGACGGAGUUUGACCUACGGACACUGAGGGCGGUUCGUGUGCUGCGGCCACUCAAGCUGGUGUCUGGAAUCCCAAGUUUACAAGUCGUCCUGAAGUCAAUCAUGAAGGCAAUGAUCCCUCUGCUGCAGAUCGGCCUACUCCUGUUUUUUGCAAUCCUUAUUUUUGCAAUCAUAGGGUUAGAAUUUUAUAUGGGAAAAUUUCAUACCACCUGCUUUGAAGAGGGGACAGACGACAUCCAGGGUGAGUCGCCAGCUCCGUGUGGGACAGAGGAGCCCGCCCGCACCUGCCCCAACGGGACCAAGUGUCAGCCGUACUGGGAAGGGCCCAACAACGGCAUCACUCAGUUCGACAACAUUCUGUUUGCUGUGCUCACUGUUUUCCAGUGCAUCACCAUGGAAGGCUGGACUGAUCUCCUCUACAAUAGCAAUGAUGCCUCAGGGAACACUUGGAACUGGUUGUACUUCAUUCCCCUCAUCAUCAUCGGCUCCUUUUUUAUGCUGAACCUUGUGCUGGGUGUGCUAUCUGGGGAGUUUGCCAAAGAAAGAGAACGUGUGGAGAACCGGAGGGCCUUUCUGAAACUCAGGAGACAACAGCAGAUUGAGCGUGAGCUCAAUGGAUACAUGGAGUGGAUCUCAAAAGCAGAAGAGGUGAUCCUCGCGGAGGACGAGACGGACGUGGAGCAGAGGCACCCUUUUGAUGCUCUGCGGAGAGCUACCCUGAAGAAAAGCAAGACGGACCUGCUCAACCCUGAGGAGGCCGAGGACCAGCUGGCUGACAUCGCGUCUGUAGGGUCUCCCUUCGCCAGAGCCAGCAUUAAAAGUGCCAAGCUGGAGAACUCAACUUUUUUUCACAAAAAGGAGAGAAGGAUGCGUUUCUACAUCCGCCGCAUGGUCAAAACUCAGGCCUUCUACUGGACCGUGCUCAGUCUGGUAGCCCUCAAUACGCUGUGCGUCGCCAUCGUCCACUACAACCAGCCCGAGUGGCUCUCCGACUUCCUCUACUAUGCAGAAUUCAUUUUCUUAGGACUCUUUAUGUCCGAAAUGUUUAUAAAAAUGUAUGGGCUUGGGACGCGGCCUUACUUCCACUCUUCCUUCAACUGCUUUGACUGUGGGGUCAUCAUCGGGAGCAUCUUUGAAGUCAUCUGGGCUGUCAUAAAACCUGGUACAUCUUUUGGAAUCAGUGUGUUAAGAGCUCUCAGGUUAUUGCGAAUUUUCAAAGUCACAAAGUACUGGGCAUCUCUCAGAAACCUGGUUGUCUCCCUUCUCAACUCCAUGAAGUCCAUCAUAAGUCUGUUGUUCCUCCUCUUCCUGUUCAUUGUUGUCUUUGCCCUCUUGGGGAUGCAGCUGUUCGGUGGCCAGUUUAAUUUUGAUGAGGGGACUCCUCCCACCAACUUCGAUACUUUCCCAGCAGCAAUAAUGACUGUGUUUCAGAUCCUGACGGGCGAGGAUUGGAAUGAGGUCAUGUAUGAUGGGAUCAAAUCUCAGGGGGGCGUGCAGGGUGGCAUGGUGUUCUCCAUCUACUUCAUCGUCCUCACCCUGUUUGGGAACUACACCCUGCUGAAUGUGUUCUUGGCCAUCGCAGUGGACAACCUGGCCAAUGCCCAGGAACUCACCAAGGAUGAACAAGAGGAGGAGGAGGCAGCCAACCAGAAACUGGCACUACAGAAAGCCAAGGAGGUAGCAGAAGUGAGUCCCCUGUCUGCGGCCAACAUGUCUAUAGCUGUGAAGGAGCAGCAGAAGAACCAGAAGCCCGCCAAAUCGGUGUGGGAGCAGCGCACCAGCGAGAUGCGCAAAGAGAACCAGGGCUCCGGGAUCCCCAUGUCUGGUCCCAACCUGUCCACCACCAGGCCAAUCCAGCAGGACCUGGGCCGCCAGGACCUGCCACUGGCCGAGGACCUUGACAACAUGAAGAAUAACAAGUUGGCCACUGGGGAGCCUGCAAGUCCCCAUGACAGCCUGGGCCACAGUGGCCUUCCCCCAAGCCCUACCAAGAUCGGGAACAGCACCAACCCUGGUCCCACCUUGGCUACCAACCCCCAGAAUGCUGCCAGCCGCAGGAUGCCCAACAAUCCGGGCAACCCAUCUAACCCCGGCCCCCCCAAGACCCCCGAGAACAGCCUUAUCGUCACCAACCCCAGCAGCACCCAGCCCAACUCAGCGAAGACUGCCAGGAAACCCGAGCACAUGGCGGUGGAGAUCCCCCCGGCCUGCCCGCCCCUCAACCACACUGUGGUCCAAGUAAACAAAAAUGCUAACCCAGACCCACUGCCAAAGAAAGAGGAAGAGAAGAAGGAGGAAGAGGAGGCAGAUCCUGGGGAGGAUGGCCCAAAACCCAUGCCGCCCUACAGCUCCAUGUUCAUCCUCUCCACCACCAACCCCCUUCGCCGGCUGUGCCAUUACAUCCUGAACCUGCGCUACUUCGAAAUGUGCAUCCUCAUGGUCAUCGCCAUGAGCAGCAUCGCGCUGGCCGCUGAGGACCCCGUGCAGCCCAACGCGCCCCGCAACAACGUGCUGCGGUAUUUUGACUACGUUUUUACAGGCGUGUUUACCUUUGAGAUGGUGAUCAAGAUGAUCGACCUGGGCCUGGUCUUGCAUCAGGGGGCCUACUUUCGUGACCUAUGGAACAUUCUGGACUUUAUAGUGGUCAGUGGGGCCCUGGUGGCCUUUGCCUUCACUGGCAAUAGCAAAGGAAAAGACAUCAACACCAUUAAGUCUCUACGAGUUCUUCGGGUGCUACGACCUCUAAAGACCAUCAAGCGACUGCCGAAGCUAAAGGCUGUGUUUGACUGUGUGGUGAAUUCCCUCAAGAACGUCUUCAACAUCCUCAUUGUGUACAUGCUCUUCAUGUUCAUCUUUGCUGUGGUGGCUGUGCAGCUCUUCAAGGGCAAGUUCUUUCACUGCACAGAUGAGUCCAAGGAAUUCGAGAGAGACUGUCGAGGCAAGUACCUCCUGUACGAGAAGAACGAAGUGAAGGCCCGGGACCGGGAGUGGAAGAAGUAUGAGUUCCACUACGACAACGUGCUCUGGGCCCUGCUUACUCUCUUCACAGUGUCCACGGGCGAGGGCUGGCCGCAGGUCCUCAAGCACUCUGUGGAUGCCACUUUUGAGAACCAGGGCCCCAGCCCCGGGUACCGCAUGGAGAUGUCCAUCUUCUACGUGGUGUACUUUGUAGUGUUUCCCUUCUUCUUCGUCAACAUCUUUGUGGCCUUGAUCAUUAUCACCUUUCAGGAGCAGGGGGACAAGAUGAUGGAGGAGUACAGCCUGGAAAAAAAUGAGAGGGCCUGCAUCGACUUUGCCAUCAGUGCCAAGCCGCUGACCAGGCACAUGCCCCAGAACAAGCAGAGCUUCCAGUAUCGAAUGUGGCAGUUCGUGGUGUCCCCGCCCUUUGAGUACACCAUCAUGGCCAUGAUCGCUCUCAACACCAUCGUGCUAAUGAUGAAGUUCUACGGAGCCUCUGUGGCCUAUGAAAAUGCCCUCCGAGUGUUCAACAUCGUCUUCACCUCCCUCUUCUCUCUCGAGUGUGUGCUGAAAGUCAUGGCUUUCGGGAUUUUGAAUUAUUUCCGAGAUGCCUGGAACAUCUUCGACUUUGUGACUGUUCUGGGCAGCAUCACAGACAUCCUGGUCACCGAGUUUGGGAAUAACUUCAUCAACCUGAGCUUUCUCCGCCUCUUCCGUGCCGCCCGACUCAUCAAACUCCUCCGGCAGGGUUACACCAUCCGCAUUCUCCUCUGGACCUUUGUGCAGUCCUUCAAGGCCCUACCAUAUGUCUGUCUGCUGAUCGCCAUGCUCUUCUUCAUCUACGCCAUCAUCGGGAUGCAGGUGUUUGGCAACAUCGGUAUUGAUGGAGAAGAUGAGGACAGCGACGAGGACGAGUUCCAAAUCACUGAGCACAAUAACUUCCGGACCUUCUUCCAGGCGCUCAUGCUUCUCUUCCGGAGUGCCACGGGAGAAGCAUGGCACAACAUCAUGCUCUCCUGCCUCAGCGGGAAGCCGUGCGAUAAGAACUCCGGGAUCCUCACAGCAGACUGUGGCAAUGAGUUCGCAUACUUCUACUUCGUCUCUUUCAUCUUCCUUUGCUCAUUUCUGAUGCUGAAUCUCUUUGUUGCUGUCAUAAUGGACAACUUUGAGUACCUCACCCGAGACUCCUCCAUCCUGGGCCCCCACCACCUGGAUGAGUACGUGCGUGUCUGGGCCGAGUAUGACCCUGCUGCCUGCGGCCGCAUUCACUAUAAGGACAUGUACAGUUUAUUGCGAGUAAUAUCGCCCCCUCUCGGCUUAGGCAAGAAAUGUCCUCAUAGGGUUGCUUGCAAGAGACUCUUAAGGAUGGAUCUGCCUGUGGCGGAUGACAACACAGUUCACUUCAACUCCACCCUCAUGGCUUUGAUCCGAACAGCCCUGGAUAUCAAGAUUGCUAAGGGCGGAGCCGACAAACAGCAAAUGGAUGCAGAGCUCCGAAAGGAGAUGAUGGCCAUUUGGCCCAACCUAUCCCAGAAGACCCUGGAUCUGCUGGUCACACCUCACAAGUCCACAGACCUGACGGUCGGUAAGAUCUACGCAGCUAUGAUGAUCAUGGAGUACUACCGGCAGAGCAAGGCCAAGAAGCUCCAGGCCAUGCGAGAGGAGCAGAACCGGACACCACUCAUGUUCCAGCGCAUGGAGCCUCCAUCACCAACACAAGAGGGAGGGCCCAGCCAGAAUGCCCUUCCCUCUACUCAGCUAGACCCAGGAGGAGGCCUGAUGGCUCAAGAAAGCAGCAUGAAGGAGAGCCCAUCCUGGGUGACCCAGCGGGCCCAAGAGAUGUUCCAGAAGACUGGCACAUGGAGCCCAGAGCGAGGGCCACCCAGUGACAUGCCUAACAGCCAGCCCAACUCGCAGUCUGUGGAGAUGCGAGAAAUGGGUACAGAUGGCUACUCAGACAGCGAACACUACCUCCCCAUGGAAGGCCAGGCCAGGGCCGCCUCCAUGCCCCGCCUCCCAGCAGAGAACCAGAGGAGAAGGGGCCGGCCACGUGGGAAUAACCUCAGUACCAUCUCUGAUACCAGCCCCAUGAAGCGCUCAGCCUCUGUGCUGGGACCCAAAGCCCGAAGACUGGAUGACUACUCACUGGAGCGGGUACCACCUGAGGAGAAUCAACGGUACCACCAACGCCGCCGAGACCGUGGCCACCGCACCUCCGAGCGCUCUCUGGGCCGCUACACUGAUGUGGACACAGGUCUGGGGACAGACCUGAGCAUGACCACCCAGUCCGGUGACCUGCCCUCCAAAGAUCGGGACCAAGACCGGGGCCGGCCCAAGGACCGGAAG